CUUCAGAUUGCGGGUUUGAUUCCCUGCUUGUGUCUGUGUGUGUGUAGGUUACUGCUGAUCAGACGCACUCACUCACAGACAGCUCGUCCAAUCACAGCACUGCACAGAGCCGAGCUGCGCUGUGAUUGGACGAGCUCUAGUUCUCUGGUUGAAGGGGCGGGACUGUGAGAUUACAGCAGCAGCAACAGCAGCAGCGAAUCCAGCAGACAUCUGGAUCUGGAUCAGUUCUGCCCGAGAACCAGAACAUAAUACCCCGCCCGUCGGGAAUCCUGCUCCUCCUGCAGCCGGGCUCCGGUUCCGAUCUCCGGCCUGGACGUUGAUCGAGAGUCCGCUGAGCUCCGGAGACACGGACCGUCCGUUUGUAACGGUAAAAACACGGAGAACCGAUUAAAAUCCGGGACGAUGAUGAUGAUGAUGAUGAUGAUGGACUGAAGCUGCGACACAUCUGGACCCGGAGCAUCUCUGGAGGUUUGGUCUGGUUUUGUUUGUCCAUCAUCGGUCCUGAUCCUGGAUUAAAGGUGAUCAGGAUCAUGAAUCAUCCCCCUCCACUGCGAUAAUCCGGGUUUACAUCUGAGAUCUGGUCUGGAUUACUCCGAUCCUGCUCCUGGGCGGGUCUCACAUGACCCCGUCUGAACCGGUCCUGGUACUGCUCCUGGUGUGUUUUGUGGACUAGUCCUGGUUGUGGUGCUGGUCUGGUUUUGGGGACAGUUCUGCUGACAUCAUGCCGACGUCCCGGCCUGGUUCUGAUCCAGUCGAGUUCUGGGUGGAGGGGUCAAGGCGGGACGGGACGGUGGAGGAGUUCUACAACCUGAGCUCCGAACUGGGCCGAGGAGCGACGUCAGUUGUGUAUCGCUGUGAAGAGAAACAGACUGACAAACCGUUCGCUGUCAAAGUUCUCAAGAAAACGAUCGACAAGAAGAUUGUUCGUACAGAGAUUGGAGUACUGCUGCGUCUGUCCCACCCAAACAUUAUUCAGUUGAAGGAGAUCUUUGAGACAGACACAGACAUAGCUCUGGUUCUGGAGCUGGUGACUGGAGGAGAACUGUUUGACAGGAUCGUGGAGCGAGGUUACUACAGUGAGAGAGACGCUGCUCAUGUCAUCAAACAAAUACUGGAGGCUGUGGCGUACUUACAUGAGAACGGUGUGGUUCAUCGUGACCUGAAACCAGAGAACCUUCUGUACGCUGACCUGUCACUGGACGCUCCGCUCAAGAUAGCUGACUUUGGUCUUUCAAAGAUCAUCGAUGACCAGGUGACCAUGAAGACAGUGUGUGGGACACCAGGUUACUGUGCUCCAGAGAUUCUGAGAGGUAACGCCUACGGUCCUGAAGUGGACAUGUGGUCAGUGGGCGUCAUCCUGUACAUCCUACUGUGUGGCUUCGAGCCGUUCUUUGACCCCAGAGGAGACCAGUACAUGUACACUCGCAUCCUCAACUGUGACUACGAGUUUGUGUCUCCGUGGUGGGACGACGUCUCACUCAACGCCAAAGACUUAGUCAGUAAGCUGAUUGUCCUGGACCCUCUGAAGCGUCUGAAUGUGCGUGAGGCUCUGCAGCACCCGUGGGUUCUGGGUAAAGCAGCACGUUUCUCUCACAUGGACACGGCACAGAGGAAGCUUCAGGAAUUCAACGCACGACGGAAGCUCAAGGCUGCCAUGAAGGCCGUCGUUGCCACCAGUCGGAUGCAUGAAGGCUCACGGCGUCGCACUGACAGCUGUGAGAUUCCAGGCUCAGGAGCUUCCAGGCAGAGCAGCAUGCAGCAAGACCCGCCUCAUGAGUCUACAGGCUCCUCCCUAUCAGAUAAAGAGGCCCCACCCUCUGAUAAUCCGUCACAGAACGAUGAAUCAAAGCCCGAUGACCAGAGCGUCCCCAGCCCCUCCUCUCCACGCAGCCUUAAAGCCCCGACCUCUGACACCGCCCCCACAGGCCCUGCCCCCACCAGACCUCCACUGCGAGCUGAGGGUUUGCGUCAGGUGUCCGUCGUCCCCAAAGAGAAGCCGCUUCAGCCCCGACUGCCGCAGAAGAGUCACUCAGUCGUCGAGCCCUCCUCCAGACGUGAAGCCACACCUGUGCUGGCCACGCCCCCCAGUCCAAACAGCCUCAGUAAUGGCUUCACACCAGGGGCGGAGCCGGCCAGUAAGACGGCCCACUGUCAGUGAUCACCUGACAAACAGAGAAGCCUCAGUUUGAAUGAAAAAAAACACUUAACUUUUCACGUAAACAUCUUAAACUAACGUGUUUGUUCCACCUGUAGCAUCAGCUGUUGUUAGCAUGCUAACAGCUGAGCUGCAGGUUUUUAGGUUGUUUGUCUCACAUGUGCUAACAGAGCAUGCUAACAGAACCUGCAGAUGAAGCCACUGAGCUUGUACUCAUUCAUUAACCAUGUUACAGUUUAGCAUGUUAGCAUAAUGACAGAGCAGUGGGAGGAGUUGGAGAUUUGGAGAUGUGGCGGCCAUUUUACUGAAGUAUCACUGGUUUCAACACAUCUGCUGUUACCAUGGUAACAGACAUUUAACUGAAACUAACCAAACCUUUUGUUCUUUCACAUCUUAUUGUGACUCCGCGUUUUUCAGAAGCUAAGCUAACGAGGCUAACUAGUGACAGUGCUUAUCAGCUGAUGUCGUGUGUUUCAUUUGUCAUGUGGUCAUGUGACCUGCUCUGACAGGAAGCUGCAGAUUCAUCACCUUCAUUCAACGGCAAACAAUAAUAAUAAAAGUACACACACACACACACACACACACACACAGACAGACAUUAUCACUGCAGCGCCCCCUUGUGGCUCUUUAACCUAAAUCACUGAACGUUGGUGAGAAAAACAUUUUCAUGAUUUUCUACGUUUGUUGAUUUUUUUGAAAUAACAUCUUUGUUUACUGAACUGGCUCCACCUGGUGGACACUUCUGUCCCCUCUGAUGUGGGACAAAAAGAGACAGUGUCUUCUUCAGUGAUUGUAUUUUUAUGAGAUUCUGGUAAAGUGGGACAUGUGGACAUGUGAAGGACGAGGAGACAAAGCUCAGCUGAUGCGUGAAGGACAAAUGAACUUUUUUAUUCUUUCUACUCUCCUGAUGACAGGGUUAGUGCAGUCAUCUGGAGUUAACUGGUGAGGGUUAGUUAACCCUAAUGCAUCAGGAUUAGGGUUAGUUAACCUGAUAAUUUAGGGUUAGUUAACUCUGUGUGUAGUCUCCCGCUGAGUCAGCGUGUUGUAUUCGUGAGCUUCUAGUAAAUGGCAGCACUCUUUACACUGUACACUAAUUUGAGACUGACGUCUUCACCUGAGACACAUGUCCACCUGAGACACGCGUCCAUCUGACUGAGACACGCACCCACCUGAGACACGCGUUCAUCUGAGACACACAUCCACCUGACUGAGACAGGCGUCCACAACGUCAAACACUGGAAAUCUUAGAUCUGACCUUUAACUUGUAAACAGGUGAUCGUCACACGUGAGGCCACACCUUCUACCUCUGAGUACGAGAACUUCCACCUCAGUCACAUGACUCAGUCACGUGAUGAUGCGUUCACACUGAACGUGAGAUAAUUAUUCACAUCACUGUACUGGCGUCUGCUCUCCGUCCAGAUGCUAAUGCUAAGCUGACUACAGUCCCGUGGGCUAAUGCCAUGCUAUCUAUUCUUCUGAGGCUAAUGCUAAGCUUACUAAAUUGUAAACAACAAAAUUCCCGUCACGUGUAAAAAAAAGUGUGAACGCACCUUUACUGACGACUUCAAAACAUGGCUGUGGGCGGAGUCUUUAAUGCUAAUGAUGGCUAAUGAAGCAGCUGCGUACUGGUGGUGGUUUUUAUCGACUGCUGCUUCUUGUUUGUGGUUCAGUCCUGGUUCUGGUUCAGGAAAACAACCUUUGACCCUUUACAGACCUUGGAACACACACACAGUGCCCUCUGCUGGUGGAUUAGUGGUAGUGACAGAUCAGGUCUAUGGUUUGUUCUGUUUGAUUUAAAUCUAUAAUCUUCUGUACAAACAUGAAUAUUUUGGCUCUAUUUAUGGUCCUGAGAGACAUGGGCGGGGCUAAUGUGUAAGGCUUUGUUUGUUUUGUGUUUGAUAAGUAAAAAAUGUGUAAAGAUAGAAAAACAACUGCAUGUUAUUAUUUAAUUUCUGUUGAAAUCACAUUAAAACUGAACUGAUCUGUG